UGCCCACAGCCCAGCCCCAGGCAGACCUGCAGGACAAGAGCAGGGUCAGUUUUGCAGAAUGUCUCCCCACCUCCACACUCACACACAUACCUGGAGGCCCUUGGGCACCAGAGGACACACCACAACACACAGUCCAGUCACACAUCAGCACAGGAGGAAAUACACACAGAGCACAUACCACACAAUACUGUCGCCCAGAAAGUCACUGAACACACCACACAGAUAGUCACCCAUGCAGCAUCACACGGUGACAUGACACACACAGACACAUGCAGUGCUAUGAUAGUCACACCCCUAAGAUAUACAGACUCAUAGAUCCACAGUACAAAGACAUGCCUGCCAGAUCGGCUCUGGAAACAGCACAGCUCAAGGGAUAUCACCCAAGGCUCACACACCAGCCAUGGAAGAGCCCCAAACCUUGCAUUUGCAACACUCAGCAGGUGUGCAGGAACUAAUGUUAGUGUUAAGCAUGCAGGCACUCACACAGCACUAUAUACGAUGGGAACCUGCAGGAACCCCAGGCUCCCGGGUGAGCGUGGGGCAGCAGGGGAGAGGGUUCCCUUGGGCUUGGACACUGACUCAGCUGGGAGGGCACAGAGCACAGGCGGCAGGCACAAGCCAGGACCUGCCUUCCCAUCGCAGCCCUGCCUGAUGCCCUGGCAUGGGAGGACACAGGAGGGGCAGGGAGGAGAGGAGAGACCUCCCAGUGGGCUCAGGCCUCGGUUCUGUUCUGUCCAUGGCUCAGUCAUGGGCCCUUUGCCACGUCCACACACCCACACGCCCCUCAGGGCUGGGCAAAUGUUUUGCUUCCGGAGUCACCGUGGUACCUUAGCAGCCGGAGCUGCUUUGCCAGCACUGGGCCUCCACCACCGGGACUCCAGCCAGGGAUCCAUGUGUGCCCAGUGGGGGCACUGCCCCAACUGAUGCCCCAGAGGGGCUACCCAUCUCAAGAGGGGGUCUGGGCCCCACCUUGCCUCCGAAUGGCAGAUGAGUCAGAGCCUGACAGGUUGUUGGACCUCAGCUUCCUAACAGAGGAGGAGCAGGAGGCCAUUGCUGAAGUCCUGAAGCGAGAUGCCCACCUGCGCCAGCUGGAAGAGGGGCGGGUCAGCAAGCUCCGGGCCUCACUGGCAGACCCUGGGCAGCUGAAAAUCUUGACCGGGGACUGGUUCCAGGAAGCACGUGCCCAACGGCACCGCCAUGCCCACCUUGGCUCUGACCUUGUUCGAGCCUCUAUCCGUAGGAAGAAGAGUUCCAGAGGAGACCAGGCUCUAGACAGUGAUAAGGAGCCUGAGACUGCUGGAAAAGAGACUGAAGAGAAGCUGGAGCCCAGGCUCUCCAUAGACGAGGCCCCCCAGGAGACGCUCAGCAAGGCUGAGGGACCUGAUUUCCCCUCACCAUAUGUCCCCUCAAAGUCUUCAGAUCAUGAGGAGCCCCAGGCCCAGGAAGCCCCUGGCCCAAAGGGUGAACAGGUCUACGAGGAGGCGGACCCGGAGCCCAAGCCGCGGUCUGGGGAAGAGGUGGAGCCGCAGCCCCCCCCAGCCCAGAUCCAGGCGGCGUCCGAGAUCCUUGAGAACGGGGAGGACGCCCUGGGGCCCGGCCCCUCGCUCGACCGCAUGCUUAGCAGCAGCUCCUCGGUGUCCAGCCUCAAUUCUUCCACGCUGAGCCGCAGCCAGAUGAGCCUGUCGGGGGAGGCGGAGGCGGGCGCGGUGCAGGUGCGCGGCUCCGUGCACUUCGCUCUACGCUACGAGCCAGACGCGGCGGAGCUGUGUGUGCACGUGAUCCAGUGUCAGGGCCUGGCUGCCACGCGGCGCCGCCGCUCAGACCCCUACGUCAAAAGCUACCUCCUCCCGGAUAAGCAGAGCAAGCGCAAGACGGCAGUGAAGAAACGGAAUCUGAACCCUGUCUUCAACGAGAUUCUCCGGUACUCCGUCCCGCAGGCCGAGCUCCGGGGUCGCGUGCUGAGCCUGUCCGUGUGGCACCGGGAAAGCCUGGGUCGCAACAUCUUUCUGGGCGAAGUCGAAGUGCCCCUGGAUACUUGGGACUGGGACUCCGAGGCCACCUGGCUCCCCCUGCAGCCCCGGGUCCCGCCCUCACCCGACGACCUUCCCAGCCGUGGUCGGCUCUCUCUGUCCCUCAAGUACAUCCCAGCUGGCUCCGAGGGCGCCGGACUGCCCCAGAGCGGUGAGCUGCACUUCUGGGUGAAGGAAGCUCAGGACCUCGUUCCUCUUCGUUCAGGAUCAGGAUCCCUGGAUACUUACGUACAAUGCUCGGUGCUGCCUGAUGACAGCCGGGCCAGCCGCCAACGGACAAGGGUGGUACGAAAGAGCCUCAGCCCUGUAUUCAACCACACCAUGGUUUAUGAUGGCUUUGGGCCUGCUGACCUGCGCCAGGCCUGUGCUGAGAUCUCCCUUUGGGAACAUGGAGCCUUGGCCAACCGCCAGCUGGGGGGUACACGCCUCAGCCUAGGAACUGGCAGCAGCUAUGGGCUCCAGGUGCCCUGGAUGGAUUCCACACCUGAGGAGAAGCAGCUGUGGCAGACACUCCUGGAGCGACCGUGUGAAUGGGUGGAUGGCUUUCUGCCCCUCAGAACCAACCUGGCACCCAGGACAUAGCUGCCUGACAAGCCUUACCAAACCCUUCUCUGGACCCCCAUCUCAGGGCCUGCCCUUGGCAAAAGUCAGUAAAAUCUAUUCUAAGGGC